CAUGGGGAUUAUGCAAAAUCAAAAUAGUUCCAUGAGUUGUUUUGAGGUUAAAAUCACUUAUCACUGACUAUUCAGCCGUCAGCUGCAAGCUAUCCAAGUUCAAUUACGUUUUUUUCCCAUUUUCUCUCGCGUCCGUAAUUAAUUUUAUUUUAAUGGUGUUCCGUGUUGAUCAUAUUUUCAGUCCUUUCUUACAAGUCCAAAAACAUUUUAGAACAUGUAUUGGUCAAAGGUGUGUCUCUUAUCAGCAAGGACAAUCCCCAGAACCCAAAGUCCGCGAAUAUUUUUAUUUCAUCGAUCAUCAAGGGAUGUUGUUCCUGGAUGACGCCAAAAUGAAAAAUUUUACCUCAUGUUUCAAAGAGAAAAAAUUUCUACAGUUUUUCUUCAGUCGUCUACGAAGGAACGAAACAGGACGUUAUCCGGAAUUCCCAUACGUAUCACCUUGCGGGCGGGAACGAAAUUUUAUCAGAUGUGAUGAUUUACCUAUAGUUUUUACCCAUGUGAUCAGAGACACGGAAGUGGAAUGGUUUGGCUACAAUAACACAGGUGAUACCCUCAAAGUGCCGUUUGAACCUACAAAAAUCUACAUGGCAGAGAAUGGUCGCAUCUACCAUCCGGCUGAAGAAAAACACGGCUCUGUUGGACUUAUACAAUCGAAACUAGCAAUUGAGUUCAGUAAACUUUUUAAAUUCAAAGAGGAUAGUGAGAUACCUUUUCAGUUUGAAUGGAACAACCAGAUUUAUGAUCUAGACAGUGAAUGGUUUCAGAAAAUUGGUCUAAAAAGAAGUGAUCCUAUUACCUAGCGUAUGUGCGGAAAUGAAAUUCUAUCACUCCUUAGGAAAAACUUCAUUCCUUCUCCAGUUUUUUUGGAAACCUGCAUGUAGAUAUUUUUAAGAAAUACAUGACUUCAAGGAUAUGAUCUGAUUUUGUCAAACAAUCUAUAAGCACUGUUGAAUAGGUAAUCAGCAGCUGAACAUAAAUUUGUUCAAGUAUCGAUGUCCUGAA